CCCUAGUUAGCCAAGACACGUUGACGAGCCAUCGUGGCAGCAUGGCAGCAGCGCGCGAUACCAUCCCUCGACGCUUCUCCCUCUUUUUCUUCCUCCUCUUCGUCUUCCUCUUCUUCUCCUUCUUGCUACCUCGAGAUUCACGCUGGCUGCAACUUUAAUACGCAUCGUUGUAAACCGCGAUAUACAUCGGCGAGCGAGUUCGAACGCGAUUCCGGUUAACUUACCAUGUAGUUUUUUAAUUCGUUUCGUCGACGUCGCGAGUGCGCUCUUACGCGAUGGAGCAAGAACAGUGCGUAUAGUGCGGCUAUGUCUUCCGCGUGUUUCAAGAUCAGACUGAAAAUUCGAUCACGAGCGGAUAGAGGCGAAUAACGAUUCCGCCCCGAGAUAGAGAAGAGACUCGACGCGCGUUUCAACAGAGAACUUUGUACAGCGAUGGAAGGAUGCGCGUUGUUCGCUAUCGAGCGAUCGUGAAUCGUGCAAAAGCGAUGACUCGGAUCCGGAUGAUCGCGUGGAACGAGCCGGACGAAUACCGUAUAUCCGUUAGGUUUGGAAAUUGUUAACCGUGCGAGCGAGUUUCGGUUUCAAAGUCGAAAGCAGUGAGUUUUAAACGAAGAGUUCGAAGAAUCUCGAACACAUCGUGCGACGAAUACCAGAUACUCGUCGUGGUCGGUAGUUGGUAAUUGUUAAUCGCGCAAGGAGAAGCGGCUAAAAGGAUAAGUUUCGAAGCGAAGAAAGCGGAAGGCCAUUUUGCCGCAUCGAUCGACGGUCGACGAUCGUUCGAAUCGCUGGAUAUGGAGAACCGAAUCACGUGGCAACAUGCACAUGGUUUUCAGGCUAUGAAUGAAAAUAUCUGGCAGAUUUUCCGCAGAAGCCUUUAGAGGAAACCGGCAGGUCUUCCAAGCCAUAAAGGGAGACCAGAGGGGCUGGACCACGUCUCUACAGAGAGGAGGCAAUCCGUCCGUGUAUUUUGUCGAGAGAGGCGGGGGAAGGGGGUGUCUCUAAGGGCGGCUACGACCAGAAAUUUCGCAGAGAUGGAGUUUCUGCAGAAUCAUCACACGGUGAACACCUCCGAACCGCCGUACACCCUUGGCACAGGUUCGGUAGGAAGUAUCGAGGCCACCAUACCUUCCGGCCUGUGCACCGGGUCUCUCGGUGUCCUGUCCACCGAAGACGCCUUGACGGAUAAUCAAAACGAAGAGACUCUGGGUGCGCUGCAGGGCACGCUUCGUCUACAGGAUCUGCAAAAUUCUCCGCAAGACAUUGGCGGUGAUCAAACGCAACACAUCCAAAAUUCCGGACAGAACCAACCGGUCAGCGAGUUUGGAGCGAGCUUCUGGGUCGACGAUAUGGCUGGUUUUCCAUUGCCACCGCUGGACUUGGACCCGUUACCUCCUGGUCUCUUCAGCCCAUGCUCGGCAACCUACAAUUGGGGAUGCACCAGAGGAGACUGUGCGCCGAGAACGAGCAACGCGAACGGGGAAGGUGUCGCGGACGUGUUACUGUCGUUGAAACACGCGGUGGUCCAUCCUGGAAGUCCUACCGGCGGAUACUACUCCACGGCAGGAUCGAGCCAUCAUUAUUCUCAAGAUUAUACUCAAAAUCUUGGCCCGCCUGUCCCACCCACGCAUUACGCGUCUACACCAGCCAUGUCUGUGAACGUUUCUAUGAAUAUGACCAUGAACAUGAACAUGCACUCUGGGUACGAGCAAAGCUAUUCGUCGGCAUGGGGCGUGGAACCCCUGUUAAGUCCCGCCCAGCAGUAUAAUCCUGUGGAGCAGCAGGCAAGGGUGAAUCAACCCCCGGCCAAUAGUCUGAUCGGCACCAGUACCCAUCCUCAUUCUCAUCCCCCAGCGCACGGCCAUUCCAGGCUGCAAUUGUCCAGUGAGCAUGCUCUGUGCAUAGGCGCCACCGGCAACCCAGUCACACCCGACGACAAUGGCAGACCUAACCUAUGUCGAAUUUGCGGCAAGUCGUAUGCGCGACCCAGCACCCUCAAGACGCAUCUUAGAACGCACUCUGGGGAGAAACCGUUUAGGUGUCACGCGUGCUCCAAGGCAUUUAGUCAAGCCGCGAAUUUAACUGCCCAUGCAAGAACUCAUUCGGGAGAAAAACCAUUUCGAUGUCCAGUGUGUGAUCGGAGAUUUUCGCAAAGCAGUUCCGUAACCACACAUAUGAGAACGCACUCGGGAGAACGUCCGUAUAGAUGUCGAUUCUGCAAAAAGGCAUUCUCGGAUAGUUCUACGUUAACCAAACAUCUUCGUAUUCAUUCUGGCGAGAAACCAUAUCAAUGUAAGCUGUGCUUGCUGAGGUUUAGCCAAAGCGGUAAUCUGAACAGGCAUAUGAGAGUCCAUGGCGGUUCUCUAACGUGACACAGCUCAAUAUCGAUUAUCGAUAACAAUCGUGUUCUACCGCGGUGUUGUCGAAUACCUGUGAUUCAACUUGGCUCGAGCUUACCGGCGAAAAUGUAAAAUAAAAUAACUGCGACGAAUGUUGAUACUCUCUCAAUAGAGUUUUGCUUCCUG